UCUCGUACUGUUGAGAAAUACAGGAGGAGAAGGAGCUGUCAAACUUACAAGUAAAGAAAAGUCCUUCAGUUGACGCCACCUCACAGUUUUAAUGUAAAGUUAGUUGGAUUUUAUGCAUAAUUAGUAUGGACUGACACGUUUUCAUACAUUCGGGGAGGAAGAAUGAAGACGAGUUUAACAAAAACCAUGGCUACACAGUUUCAAAUCUGGAUCAUUUUCACCUCUUUGGUCUCCAAUGCUUUGCCGGAAAAGAAAGUGUGCCAGGGCGUCACUAACCGGUUCAGCCUGCUUGGGUCAAAAGAGGACCACUACCUGAACAUGGUCAAGACCUACAGCAACUGCACUGUGGUCCUGGAGAACCUGGAGGUCACAUACAUGGAGGACUACCAUGAUCUGUCUUUCCUCAGGUCCAUCCAGGAGGUGGGUGGCUACGUUCUGAUUGCCCUCAACACAGCCAACAGGAUUCCCCUGGACAACCUGCGCAUCAUCCGAGGCCACACUCUCUAUGACAAUGGCUUUGCCCUGGCUGUGGUGCUGAACUAUAACAAGUCCAUGCGAGCAGGCACCACUGAGCUGCCUCUGACCAGCCUCACAGAGAUCCUGAAAGGAGGAGUGAAGUUCUCAGACAACCAGCUGUGUAACGUGGAGACCAUCCAGUGGUUGGACAUUGUAAACAGUAACAGCAAACCCAACAUGCAGUUACCUGAACCCAGCAACUAUCGGCUGUGUAAAAGAUGUGAUCCUGGAUGCUUCAAUGGUUCCUGUUGGGCGCCCGGCCCAGAACACUGCCAGACGUUGACGAAACUGAACUGUGCCCAGCAGUGCUCUAAGAGAUGUAAGGGUCCGUCCCCCAUCGACUGCUGCAACGAACACUGUGCUGCAGGCUGCACUGGACCCAGACCUACAGACUGUCUGGCUUGCCGUGACUUUCAGGAUGAUGGGAUGUGUAAAGACUCGUGUCCCCGCCUCCUGCUCUAUGACCGCAACCUUCACCAAUUGGUCAACAACCCAGACGGGAAGUACAACUUCGGGGCCACCUGCGUCAAGACUUGUCCUCAUAACUAUGUGGUGACGGACCAUGGAGCGUGCGUUCGGACGUGCAGUGGUGACACAUACGAGGUGGACGAGGGAGGGGUCAGGAAGUGCAAGAAGUGUGAUGGACUGUGCCCCAAAGUUUGCAAUGGACUUGGAAUGGGAAAACUUGCCAAUAUUCUGUCAAUUAAUGCCACCAACAUUGACACAUUUAAAAACUGUACCAAAAUCAAUGGGAACAUUGCUAUUAUCUACACAUCUAUCCAUGGGGACACGUUCACCAAAGCACCUAAGAUGGAUCCGGCCAAGCUAGAAGUUUUCAAGACUGUCAGAGAAAUUACCGGGUACUUGCUGAUUCAGAACUGGCCUGAGAACAUGACGUCUCUCAGUCCAUUUGAGAACCUGGAGAUCAUCCGUGGUCGGACCAAGCGUGUUCUGUUGAGCUUGGCCAUAACCCAGUUAACUAUCACCCACCUGGGGCUGCGUAACCUGAAGGAGAUUAGUGACGGAGACGUGGUCAUUGCAAAAAACCCCAACCUCUGCUACACCAAGAAUCACCACUGGAAGCAGUUGUUCAAGUCCAACUCUCAGACCGCCAGGCUGGAGAACAAUGCCGACGCCGCCGACUGCGGGAUGCAGAACAACACUUGUGACAGGAUGUGUACCAGAGAUGGCUGCUGGGGCCCUGGACCCACCAUGUGUUUCGCCUGUCAGGACUACAGCCGAGCAGGAAGCUGUGUCGACUCCUGCAACCUACUGGAGGGGGAGCCACGUGAGACUGAAGUAAAUAAGACGUGUGUGGAGUGUCACCUUGAGUGUCAGCUCCUCAACGGGACCCAGACCUGCUCUGGACCAGGUCAUGAGCAGUGUACCCGGUGUGCCAACUUCAAAGAUGGAGACAACUGUGUCCCGUGGUGCCCUAGAGGGGUGGCUGGGGGCAAGAACACCUUCAUCUGGAAAUACGCAGAUAAGAUGAAGGUGUGCCAGCUGUGCCACCAGAACUGUACCGAGGGAUGUACUGGUCCUGGUCUGAAAGGCUGUCAGUCUAAAGGUAACUCUGGCCUGUCAGUGAUUGCAGCUGGUGUGGUGGGCGGGAUGCUGGCCUUUCUCAUCAUGGGCCUGUCCGUCUUCGUGUUGCUACGACGACGCCACAUCAAGAAGAAGAGGACCCUGCGAAGACUCCUCCAGGAGAGAGAGUUAGUUGAACCGCUGACCCCCAGUGGUGAGGCGCCCAACCAGGCUCUGCUCCGUAUCCUGAAGGAGACAGAGUUUAAGAAGAUCAAAGUUUUAGGAUCAGGGGCCUUCGGCACUGUCUACAAGGGUCUGUGGGUCCCUGAAGGAGAGGAUGUGAAGAUCUCUGUGGCCAUCAAGGUUUUAAGAGAGGCCACAUCACCUAAAGCCAACAAGGAGAUCUUGGACGAGGCCUAUGUGAUGGCCAGUGUGGACCACCCCCAUGUUUGUCGUCUACUGGGCAUCUGCCUGACCUCCACAGUCCAGCUGGUCACCCAGCUCAUGCCCUAUGGCUGUCUGCUGGACUAUGUCAAGGAGAACAAGGACAACAUCGGAUCCCAGUACCUUCUCAACUGGUGUGUACAGAUAGCCAAGGGGAUGAGCUACCUGGAGGAGCAUCGCCUGGUGCAUCGUGACCUGGCAGCGAGGAACGUCCUGGUGAAGACCCCUCAGCAUGUCAAGAUCACUGACUUCGGUCUGGCCAAACUCCUCAACUCUGACGAGAAGGAGUACCAUGCAGACGGAGGAAAGGUACCAAUCAAAUGGAUGGCACUGGAGUCCAUCCUCUACCGGACAUAUACACAUCAAAGUGACGUGUGGAGCUAUGGUGUGACCGCGUGGGAGCUGAUGACGUUUGGGACCAAGCCCUAUGACGGCAUCCCAGCCAGUGAGGUAGCAGGGGUGCUGGAGAAAGGCGAGCGGCUGCCCCAGCCUCCCAUCUGUACCAUAGACGUCUACAUGAUCAUGGUCAAAUGUUGGAUGAUCGACGCAGACAGCAGGCCUCGUUUCCGGGAGCUGAUAGCUGAGUUUUCCAAGAUGGCGCGGGAUCCCCCACGUUACCUUGUCAUCCAGGGUGACGACCGGAUGCACCUCCCCAGCCCCACCGACACCAAGUUCUACCGCAGUCUGAUCAGUGGAGAGGACAUGGAAGAUGCUGUGGAUGCAGAAGAGUACCUAGUGCCUCAGCACGGCUUCUUCAGUAGCUCCAGUACCUCCCGCACCCAGCUCCUACACUCUACGAGCCAGAACAGCACGUUGAACAGCAGCAUUGGAAUGUGCCACAGCAGAAAUGGGAACGAGUUCCCAGUCAGAGAAGGAAGCAUGGUUCUCCGGUACAUUGCUGACCCCACAGACAGGUUCUUGGACCACGCCUUCCAGCCAUCUCCAGACUACAUUAACCAGAACGGAGUUUCGGACACGAUGAACCCUGUAUACCAGCACCCUGGUCCCCCUCGCACCCUCCUACCCACCAUAUCCUCAGACGACACAGAGGCAGAGUACCUAAACUGCUAUAAGAACGGGGCAGUGGGGCCUGAGUACCUCAACACACUCCAGCCCUCCCUCCUCUCCCCCACCACCUCCAAUGGCAUCUCCAAUGGCCUCAACCCCACUGCUAAUGGCCAUUCCCCCAUAUCCAAUGGUCUCCUCUCCCCCACCUCCAAUGGCCUCUCCCCCAUUUCCAAUGGUGUUCUCCACCGCGUCCAGAAAAACCAGCCCCAAAACAGUAUAGAUAACCCAGACUACCAGCAGGACUUCACCCCCUCCAUCAAGACCCACAUCCCAGCCGCAGAGAACGCACAGUACGUGGGCCCAAACUGAGUCCUGUUACCCCUCUACUCCCACUGUGGAGGGAACAAGACACCAGGGAAUAAGGCUCUCUAUCCUACUUUUAUUUAUUUAUUUUUUAUUUUACCAGGUAAGUUGACUGAGAACAGGUUCUCAUUUGCAGCAACGACCUGGGGAAUAGUUACAGGGGAGAGGAGGGGGAUGAAUGAGCCAAUUGUAAACUGGGGAUUAUUAGGUGACCAUGAUGGUUUGAGGGCCAGAUUGGGAAUUUAGCCAGGACACCGGGGUUAACACCCCUACUCUUACGAUAAGUGCCAUGGGAUCUUUAAUGACCUCAGAGAGUCAGGACACCCGUUUAACGUCCCAUCCGAAAGACGGCACCCUACACAGGGCAGUGUCCCCAAUCACUGCCCUGGGGCAUUGGGAUAUUUCUUAAACCAGAGGAAAGAGUGCCUCCUACUGGCCCUCCAACACCACUUCCAGCAGCAUCUGGUCUCCCAUCCAGGGACUGACCAGGACCAACCCUGCUUAGCUUCAGAAGCAAGCCAGCAGUGGUAUGCAGGGUGGUAUGCUGCUGGCUAAGAGAAUGAGAGAAGACAUGAGGUCUUUGUUUAGGAGGGGUAGCGGUACCAUGGAUUGUAUUGUACUUUGCAUUAUAUUUAUCCCUGCCUAAAGAAGCCAGAAGUCAGAUAAGUGCAGCUUUCCAUUUUGUUUCACCAGUUGUAGUAUUGUAUAGUACUAUGAAAUUCCGCAUUCCAAAACCUCUUCCAUUUCAAACUGUGUCUGAACAGAUAGAGAUGUGAAUCAUGUGAUAGGAAUUAGGCUCUGGGUCUGGGUGUAUUCCACUCCAUUGUGUUCAAAAGACCAAGAGAACCUUAGGGGCUACAGUAUCUUAUAGGCCUAUCAGAAACCCAUAAGAGUUGUCAUGUUGCACAAUGAAAAGUUGUGAUCAGAAUGUAUAAGUGGAGAAACACUAUUACUAGACAAUAGUGUAUCCUUCAAUCCUUGAUGUCAGAUGCUCCAGAAAUACUAUUAUGUGUGACAGCUCACCCUUUUCUUGCCAACACAAACAGUACUUAAAGAUGUCACUCAUACUGGAUUGGUGUAUUGAGUAUAUAGUAUUAUUGGGUAUUUACCUUCCACGGCUUAAGGGCUUGAAACUGUUAGAAUAACAGUUAGAUGUCUCGGCUCUUCUGUGUGUGGAACCUGCAGUUUGAGACCCACUGGAGUCAAAUGUUGCUGAACGUUGGUGUCAGAAGUGGGAAGGAGGAGGCUCUCAUCACUGAUGGUGGCUGGUCCAUGGAGUUCAUUGAUGGAGAAACUUCUGAAUCAUGACGGGACUCUUUCUGAAGGAGGGUUUCAUGAGGACACAACAAUGUCAAAUGUUGCUAUUGAUGACUCUGCUGAAGGCUCUAUAGCAGGGGUAUUCAAAUCGUACACUAUGAGGUCAGGAACCUGCUGGUUUUCUGUUCUACCUGAUAAUUCAUUGCAUCCACCUGGUGUCCCUGGUCUAAAUCGGUCUCUGAUUAGAGGAAAAUUGCAGUGAAACUGGCUUGGAGGUCCAGAUUUUAAUCUGAGGGCUCUAUAGCCUUUAUUAUAUGGCCAGAUGGGUUACACACUGGACCCCUGUUGGUGCUCCGGUGUAAAAUAAUCAAUAUUAGUAUAUCUCUGUGUUGUUGCUUAUUGUCUUGAACAGUUAGGUCUUUAGUUCUGACACUACAUCUGUAAAUCUUCUAACCGUUUUGAAGGAAUAUAUGAAAUAGUUACUUGACAUUUGAGAGCCUGCUGUUUGACAGAGGUACAUAUACAGAUCAUUUGUAUUUUACUAGGACAAAUCCUUAUUUACAAUGACAGCCUACCCCUGCCAAACCCUAACAGUACUGGGCCAAUUGUGCUCCACCCUAUUGGACUCCCGAUCACAGCCGGUUGUGAUACAGCCUGGAAUUGAAUCAGGUCUGUAGUGACGCCUCUAACAUUGAGAUGCAGUGCCUUAGACCGCUGCGCCACUCCGGAGCCCCAAGAUAAGUGUGAGAUUAUACUGUGUACAAUAUACUCAAUAUGGUCACCUAUAAAUUAUCCUAUCAACAUUCCUCAUCUAAAUGGUCUUGUCCCUUUAUAUAUAAAUAUACACCUAUUCAUGAACAAAUUAUUUCAUUUCAAAGUGAAAAUGAAUAAAACAUUGUUUUCUUUAAAGACAUUUACACUGUUCAACAGCAAAUCUGAGUGUUUUUCAACUUGUUUUAUUAAACUGAACAUACAAGAUUAUUAAAGGAUCUUUUGUUAAAAUACAA